GAGACGCAGCGCGCGGCGUCGCGUAGCGACCAAGGACGCGGCGAGUGCGAGGAGGAGCCGGGUCGGUGUCACUGUCGACGCAGGAUGGGUAAGAAGGUGAAGAAGGCGGCGGAAGGUCCCCCAAAAGACGCGUUUGAGCCGCUGCCCAUAGAGAGCCGCAGUGUGGCCACGGUGGUGCUGAUGCUGCGCUCGCCUGAGCCUGACGUCUUGGCCAAAGCUUGCGAUGCUCUCCACCGCUUCGCUGACAAAUGCGAGGGAAACAGAGCGAUGCUGAUGGACCUUGGGGCUGUGGAGCCUUUGGCCUCUCUGCUCACACAGGACGACAAGACCGUUCGCAGGAACGCCAUUGUGACCUUGGGCACGCUGGCAUCAAAUGUUGCUGUGAGGAAGAUCCUGUUGAAUGCAGAUGUCGUUUCACCUGUAUUAAAGCUGCUGUCACCUGAAGAGGAGGUGGUCUGCCACGAGUACGGCAGCCUUGUGCUGGCGUGCCUGGCACAGGAGUUUAAUGGCAAGGCAGGUGUGGUGGCACAGGGGGGCACCGGCUGUUUGGUCCGCCUGCUCACCAGUCACGACCCUGAUGUACAGAAGAACGCCGUGGAAUGUCUCUCCCUGCUCGCGCAGGACACGGAGGGGCGCCUGGCAUUGCAUGCUUCACAUGCCGUGCCGCCUCUGCUGGACCUUCUGGCUUCGGAGUUUCCAGUCAUCCAGAAACUCGCUCUGGACACACUGGUAGCGGUGGCACGCGACGGGGAGGGGCGCGGCGCCCUGCGCCAAGGGCUCGACCGCGUGGUUGGUAUCCUGAGCCAGAAGGAGUGGAUGGAUCUGCACGCACAAGCGCUGCAGGUGUUCACGCUGUGCCUGGGAGACGUGGAGACUAUGAGGCAGGCGCAGGGCAGUGGCACUUUGGAGACCAUGCUGAGCUUCGUGACUGCCUCCAGUCAACCUGACCUGCAGGCCCAUGCCACUCGUGCCCUUGCCCAUAUGGCUGGUUCCGACGAGAGCUGGGGGAUUCUGCACGAGCAGGGUGUGGAGGCGGUGAUGGUGGCGCUCUUGGGCUCUGCUGCCAGCGGCGAUGCGGUCCGGUCGGCUGCAGCUCACGCUGUGGCUGCCAUGAGCCAGCGCCAAGCUGGCGCCAUCGCCAUUCACAGUCACGGUGAACUUCGCUCGUCCAUUCCUCCACCCGUGCUGAGGGCUCGCUCGGGCUACCAGACGGCUUUGUCUCAUCCAUGCUGUAGGCAACCACCGCACUGGGGCACUGCCCAGCUGGUGCGGCUCUUGUCCAGUGAGAGUGCGGACGUACGGGAGACGGCUGUGCUGGCGCUCGCUAACCUCACGAGCACCUUCCCCGACACCUGCGGCACAGCGGCAGAAGGAGUAGAGGCUCUGCUGGGGCUGCUGGCUGCUGGGCGCUUGGCUGUACAGGCGGGCGCCAAGACAAGUCCUGCCGCCCAUGCGGCUGUGGUGUUGGCAAACCUUGCCGGGCUAGAGCACCUGGUGCCUGGAUUGCUGGCAAGCGGGGCUGUCGAAGCCAUAGCUGCCCUUUUGUCUUCCCCAAAUCCGCAAUUGCAGGGCAAGGCUGCGCUGGCGCUUGCUGGCUUGAUGUGCAGAGCCGAGGCUCGGGCACAGCUACGUAUAGUGGGCGGUCUUGCCCCGCUGGUUCAGAUGCUCGACUCGAACACGGUGGAGAUACGCCGCACGGCAUGCUGGGUGGUUUUCCUCUGCGCUGCAGACGAGCCCACAGCCAUGGAGAUCUGCCGCCUGGGAGGCUUGGAGGUGCUGCAGAGGCUGAACGAGUCGGAGACGCGCAGGAGUCGCUUCAGCGAGACGGCUCUGGCGCGCGUGCUGGACAGCAACCUCCCGCUCAAGUACAGCCGCACGGGGCGGCUCUCAGCACACAACACCAUCACCGAUGGCUUCUAUGAUGCUGGCCCGCUGCGGCAGAGCGAGCACCAGGGCUCCCUGGAGGAGCUGGCGCGGACAGGGCCGAACCGAAACCGCGCAGUACUCCUCGUCAACACGGCCCCCGCUGAGCAGCUGAACGUGGUUGAUCCCCUUGUGGAGAAGCCCCCAGACCCAGGGGCAAGUGGGCGUGUGUCCUCCCUCCAGGCCAAGGGCUCCAAGACUCCCAGUAAGACUAAGACCAAGGGACGGAAAGAGGAAGAACGGGCGCCGGAGGAGGAGGAGGCCCCUGGGCCUGCCAUGCGGAUGGAAGGGGCCACCAUUGAGCAGCCGCCAUGGCAGCCAACCCCUGACCCCGAGCUGCGGGUGUUUGUCGAGGAGGCGAUUAGAGCGGUACUACCCUUGGCCUGCCCGCGCCUGCAGGCCGCCACUCUCGCCAGGCUUGUGUCUGAUAGGAUGGGAGGCCCGGUGGAGCGCGACUCUCUCAGCGACUUCAGCUGGGAGCUGCACGUAAGCCAGCUCAAGAACGAGCUCCAGUCCAACCUCAUCCCACUGGGCCGCAUCCAGAGAGGAGUGCAGCCGCACCGAGCGCUGCUCUUCAAGGUGGUGGCCGAUCGCCUGGGUGUGCCCUGCAGCCUGGUCAGAGGCCCCUAUAACCAUGCCUGGAACGAGCUGCUUCUGCCGCCCGCGCCACCCCAGCCGGCAACGCCUGUGGACGGCCUCUCUCAUCCUGCGUCUAACGGCCCUCUGCUAUUGCCCCCUCAGCUGCACGUUGUGGACCUCAUUCAUAACGUAGGGGCGCUGCUCCAUGCCGACAGUGCCGAGGCCUCCAAUUACACGCAUUUGUGAGGUCACGUCUCCCCAGCCCCAAAGAGGAAUUUGAAUGCACCAGUCACUGCAGCAACUAUCGCGACAACCAUGGGUGACGGUCUUGUUUCUCAUGUUAGGGCAGAUAUUAGGCACCGAACAAUUCACCACAUUCACAGUUGAUGCAGUCAGGAUUUGGGGGGAUGAUUCGCGAAUAUAUCUUUCAUUGGCGUUUUGAAUAAUAUAGAACAUGUGGAGGUGGCAAGGUACCCAGGACACUUACAUUUUUUUACGACCCAAUCAUUGACUGCUGUUCGUUUAAGCCAGAAGUGCCGCUUAUAUGUACAAUUCUCAGCACUGUUAUGAAUGUAAGAAUUUGUAUUUCACGAGUUGUCACAUGCCUAGCAACUCUAAGACAAUGGAAACUGGCAGACUAAUGCCCGCUGGCAGGCCAUGGUGUUGACAUUAUGCAACACAGGGACAGCUGCUACUGGGAAUUCCCUUUCAAAAUGUUUGAGAUGCGACGCAAGUCCAUUAUCGUGUAAUUAAUGCGGUCUGAGAUGCCCUGGCGUGAAGGGCGUUCAUCAAAACAAAUCAUCAAUAUUAAUUGUACAUGCCGGGAGUGUUAACUAAAGGGACAUUGCCACUCAAUCUCAUUUUGUUAAAGUUCAUACAGACAGUGGAAAAUGAGGCUAUGCAAGUCCCAUUCUUCGGUAUCAAUGCAAAAGAAACGUGCACACGCGUGGACCGGUUUUGUUAAACAUGUUGCCAAAUUUUCUACCAAUUCUCUUCGCAUGUACGAGUAUACAUAACACAAUACAAAACUGACAGUUGAUGUUUUAUUUGAAUGUACAUUAUGAAACAACAUUGCAGUACAAUACCAAACAAACGGUACGAACCCAAAAUUCUGAGUAUUUACAGCUCCGCCAGAGGUGAUUGUGCUGGGCAACAUGAAUGUAUAAAAACUUACGGUGUUGCAAUAUUUCUGAUUUUAUGUCAAAUUGCUGUGAAAAAAAUGUAAUUCUCCAGAAUCUUUGCUGGACUAGCUAGUAUUUUCUUCACAAAGAUAAAGUACAAAAAAGCAUGGCUACAAUAGUGGUUGCAGUUGUAUUAUUGACACGACCACACGUUUAUCUGAUAAAGGUUUCCAGAAAAUUAAGCACUCAAUAUUCUUACAUAUGCCAAAACAUGAGACCCCUCUAAAAAUAUCUGUUCCCCAAAAUUUGACUCAUGACAAAA